UGUCUGACAGUUCACAUGAUAGCCAAUGAUUUAUUCAGGGGUGGGCUAGUCUCAUCCCAGCUCAGACCUUGUUAAAAAACCUCUGCCAAGGGGCUGCAGAGAGUAGAGAGAAGAUCACAGAACAGGAAACUGCCAAACAAGCUUUGAAGACUAAGUAGCUGUGAGAAAUUUACAGAACUGACAAGGUGACAAAAAUAAUUAUUAGUUAGUGGAAGCACUUGAUUACAUGUGACAACACGUGUACUGAAUGCUGAUCACAUGAAAACAGAAGACGGUCAGUUGGAACUGGUAUGGAGCAAUCUGGUUGCCUGAAAACGGUGUCAAUCUCCUUUACUCUCCUCUACUUACUGUACUCAUUAAAGGGGACAAGCUCGGAAAAACUCUUCCACAACAGAGACCAUUCCGAUGUAGAUCUACAAAACCACCCACAAGCUGAUGCCAUUCUGAGCCCGGAGGCAGCACAGCAAUAUCUGGUGAAAUAUGGUUGGGUGAAUCCUGUAAACUGGGAGGAGCAGGCAUUUGGAGAUGCCCCUGAACUUGACCAAGCUCCACAAGAUGUUUCUCAGCUUUUAUCAGAAGGCGAAUCAUCGGAACGCUCCUUCUUCCCUUCUCCUAACAAGACUGAGUUAAGCGCAUCUUUUUCAGAUUCCUUGAAAAAGUUUCAAGAAGCCAAUGGGCUGAAUGCCACUGGCAUCUUAGACACACCUACUAAACUGGCCAUGAAUAAACCCCGUUGUGGUGUUCCUGACCACAAAGCCCCUUCAAGACGUAAAAACGCAACUUUGAGCCUUUUGGCCACAAAUGAAACAUUCUAUGAUUCCAUGCAACCAGAUAGAAAUCCACGUGAAAGGAGAAGCAUUCUGUCCACAUUGGUUGAUCACUACAGAAAAAAACGGGAUGAGAGAAAUGCUCUGGAGAACAUAAAUGCCAUGAGUAUUUCCAAGAGGACAUUGAAGUGGAGGCUCAUGGGAGAGGGAUACAGCAUGCAAUUAACUAUUGAGCAGCAGAGGAGAAUACUUCGUACUGCUUUCCGAAUGUGGAGUGAGGUUAUUCCCCUACAAUUUGAGGAGGAUCUCAUUGGAGAUGAUAUAGACAUUCGAAUUGGAUUUGGCACAGGGCAGCACCUUGGCUGUACUCAGGCAUUUGAUGGAGUCGGACAGGAGUUUGCCCAUGCCUGGUACCUGGGAGACAUUCAUUUUGAUGACGAUGAACACUUUGUUGGUCCAACCAGUGAACAAGGAAUUAGCCUUUUAAAAGUUGCUGUCCAUGAAAUUGGUCAUGCUCUUGGCCUGACCCAUAUAAAUCGCAUGGGGUCAGUGAUGCAGCCAAACUAUACACCUCAGGGGAAGCACUUUGAGUUGGACUGGGAGGACAGAAAAGCUGUACAGAAAAAAUAUGGCUCAUGUGAUGGCAGCUUCAGCGCAGUGUUUGAUUGGGUGAGGAAGGAACGGAACUCACGUGGAGACACCUUCUACAGGUUCAACACCUACUUCUUCAAGACUGGCUGGUACUGGAUGUAUGAAAACAAGAGUAACAGAACAAGAUUCGGAGACCCUCUGCCAAUUAAAACAGGCUGGAAGGGACUUCCAGAGAAAGACAUAGAUGCCUAUGUACAUGUCUGGACGUGGAAUAUAGAUGCCCAGUAUUUCUUCAAAGGUACUCAAGUCUGGCGCUAUGACCCUGACAAAGACUCAGCCUACACAGAAGACUGGAAGAAAAAUAAGUACCCUCAACUCAUAUCUGAGGCUUUCCCUGGGGCUCCAAGUCCGAUUGAUGCAGCUUUCUUUGACAAAAAGGAGCGUCUCAUAUAUUUCUUCAGACAAAACAAUGUAACUGCAUUCAGCGUGGAUAAAAACAAGUUGGUUGAAGGCUUUCCAAAACGCAUCAUAGACGUUUUCCCAGCAGUGGACCCUGGAGACCAUCCAAUAGGGUACCUAGAUGCUGUCUACUUUUCCUUUACACAUCAGGCAACCUACUUCAUGAAAGACAGUUAUUACUGGAAAAUAGUGAAAGAUCAAGAGAGGCAAGCCAACUCAUCUCUGCCACUCAAUGGACUAUGGCCCAGGAAGAAGAUUAACUCCAAAUGGUAUGAUAUUUGUGAUGUCCAUCCUUCUGUUCUCUUUAACACUACAUAGACGUUUGGACUGUAUGCUCAAGAGCACCGGAAAAUAACAUUGCAACACAAUGUUUAUUAUUGCAUUCCAGCCACCUCCAACGCUUUGCCGUGUGCCAUUAAAGCUGUUCCCAGAACUGCUGCUAUGGGAAGGAAAUGGGGAGGCCCAGCAGUCUUGGGUUCCUCCAAAUAACUUGUGAUCACUUGUGUAGAAUCAAAAUAACCAACACGAUACUUCUUCAGGAAAUGUUUAAAGGGGUUGUAAAGACAAAAAUAUUUUCCUCUUAAAUUAAAGUCUGACAGUAGCUGAUAAAGUAAAAA